CUCCCUCUUCCUCUCCCCCUCUCUCGCUCUCCCCCUCUCCCCCUCUCCAGCCACAAGCACACACUUGCAGCAAAGAAGACUAUGAGCUCCAAACGCCUCAGCAAAACCUAUAAAGUUGUAGGCACAAAGGUUUGUGCACCAAGGGCAGCCGACGAAAUCAGAGUUUCUGGGGUGAUCCAGGCUUGUAGGAACGACCCUUCGGGUAGCAAUGUGUACACAAUCAUGUUAGAUGAUGGCUCACUGAGGGAAUAUGCAGAAGAGGACAUAUUCUGCAUCGAUGUCAAAGUAUCUGGAAAAGGAAAAUACAGAUAUAAUCAGAAGAUGUUUUUGAAUUGCAAAAACAGCGAGUCGGUUGCCGUGCCUGUGGAGCAGGUGAGGAGCGAUGAGUCUUUAAGGUUGGCGGAGACACGCUGCCUUACAGCCAAGAGAGUUGAAGACCGGUAUCUGGAAAACAAAUGUAAGCGAGUUGGCGAGGCGGAGAGGGAGUGUGCGGCGCGCCCCCUUGGCUCAGUGUCAGAACAGAAACGCCUCCUCGCUUCACCAAACAUCGACGUCCCUCACAGGAAACCCUCUGAAGAAGCGGACAUGGAUGAAGUCAUGGCAGCUGCGGUUCUGACCAGCCUGUCCACCAGUCCCCUGGUCCUGAGCCCAAACACAGGGACGCAGUUAUUAGACAAGGUGCUGAAGGAGGGUCCGUCUCUGUCGGUCAGCUUUGACAGCAGCACCACCAGCGGCAACUGGAGUUGGGACGUCCCGAGUGACCACUCCAACCCGUCCACCCCGUCGCCACCCUUGCCCGCUGACGGCUCCAAGCCCUGCCCGCUGUCCGGGCAAUCGGACGAUGGCAUCGACGAACCAGAGGCAACUCACUUCCUGUUCGAGGAACCUACUCCCAGGAAAAGAAAGAAUUCCAUGAAGGUCAUGUUUAAAUGUUUGUGGAAGAAUUGUGGGAAGGUUCUAAGCACGUCAUCAGGGAUGCAGAAGCACGUACGCACACUCCACUUGGGGCACAAUGUCGACUUGGACCUCUGCGAUGGCGAAGAAGACUUCUACUACUCAGAGAUUGACGUCGAUGUAGACUCACUAACGGAUGGUUUGAGCAGCCUGACGCCAAUGUCGCCAACGGCAACCAUGGCUCCCGUUUUUCCCAGUGUGGAUUGUGGAUCGUCCAACCCGGUCUCGGUGAGGAGCGAGGAGAAGAUGGUCACCCCCCUGAGUCGCUCUGCCCCGACUAACCUGUACCACGUCCGCACUGACCACGCCUACCAGGCGACUACACCAGUCAGCAUCCCUGUAACAUCCAAGUUCUGUCCAAAUGGGUCCGGAUUCAGCAUAUCGUUGCAGUCUCCACCCGUAAUCUUUAAAGGCUCACAGGGUCCUUUAACACAAAUUCGUCCAGUAAGUAUCGUUGACAAGAGGCAGACGUCUCACCCAUCCUUGAAGGUACACACCCCUCUCAUCUCGUCCCCGAAACAAGGGCCAGGAACUAGGAAGCCGAGAGGUGAAGGAAAGAAAUGCCGGAAAGUUUAUGGAAUGGAGAACCGGGAUAUGUGGUGCACUGCCUGUCGCUGGAAGAAAGCCUGUCAGCGAUUUGUUGACUGAAUGAAUGAUCGAACGGCACUUUCUGUAUUUUGUACACUCUAAUAAGACCCAACUGCUCGCAGUUUCCUGAACAAUCAAUUCUAGUGAGAGAGGGGCAAGACAAUGAUAAAAGCAAGGAACGCCUAAAGCACGAUUGGGUUUGGGUAAAGCACUUGUAAUUACAUCAGAUACUAUCAAAAAUAUUCACUUUUUUUCAAAAAUAAGCUAAAGACUCUAUUUUCUUUGAACUUGCUGUGUUUUCUGCGGCAUUUGAACCAGCUGACAUUUUAGUUUUUCCAAUAACAAAUCCUUUUUUUGCCAAGUUGAUAAAAGUCCAAAAACAUCGGUUUACUUUUUGACUGCCAUGUUUGCACGCUAGCGCCUCGGUUCAGUUCCGCCCCCCUCGUGUAUAAGGGCAAACUCCAACCUUGAGCAGGAAUUAGUUCCUCCUGCCGCUGCAGAGCUGCUUGCGAUUUGCAUUGUUUCAGGAAACGCACGCAGAACUUUUCAAGAUUUUUUUUUUCCGUCGUCGAGCUUUCGCUUUUUACUGCAUUAUAAAAAAAUUGUACAUUUUAUAGUUUUGAUUUUUUGAUGAUAUACAAAGGAAAAAAAAAAUCUAAAUUUUAAAAUUGCUUUUACUGUGGAAACACAUUACUGUCAUAAAUUGUGUGUUUUUUUUAAAUUUUUGCUCUAAAGGUUUUGGUUGGUAAAUUGGAAGCUAGAAUAGGUUCAGACCUGGCUGGAAGCUCUAGGGCGUGCACUUGGCCUUCUGCACAGUGAAGAAUUGGAGAAACACACAAGUUGCCAAAGUUGCACCCUGCUAGGGCAUGUGAGGUAUAAAUAAUGUCUUUUCACUGUAAAAUAAGAUUUGUAGCAUAGCCUUAGUUUUAAGUUUUCGAGAAGAGAGAAGAAUCAAUCUGAUGAAAGUGGGUUUGCCUUGACGAUCCAUUUUCAUGAAUGUACGAUUACCAUCUUUUCACAGUCUUUUAGUGCUGGUUGCCAUUUACACCUUUCUUUUUAAGCUAUUCCGCAAUUGUAUCUGCUCACCACCGCAGUUUUCUUUGCGUUUUCUUCAUGUGGUCACGUUUCAAUGACCAACAGAGAACUCUGCACCUUCUUGUAGUAUCAGGAUAUUAAGCUAAGUCCAGUCCAAUUUACCACCAGUUCCAUCUCAUCUCCAGGCAAAACACUUCAUCGCAAGCGAAAACCAACCCAGGCAGCUUCCAACAUCUAACGGAUUGAUCACACGAAAGGGUUUAAGAUUGCUUUGGAUCCAGUUGGUCAUUGGCCAGCAAGUGACACAAUGAAGUUUCUCAACACAUUUGAAGUAAUCGGUAGUUUGAUGACGUGUAGGAGCAGAAUUAGGCCAUUCGGCCCAUCAAGUCUACUCCGCCAUUUAAUCACGGCUGAUCUAUCUCUCCCUCCCAACCCCAUUCUCCUGCCUUCUCCCCAUAACCCCUGACACCCGCACUAAUCAAGAAUCUAUCUAUCUCUGCCUUAAAAAUAUCCACUGACUUGGCCUCCACAGCCUCCUGUGGCAUUAAAUUCCAUUUGCCAAACAAAUAAAUGUGAUGAAUUGUUUUUACAAAGAUUUGCUUUGUAAUCUCAAAUCUUUUAAAGCAGUAAAAAUCUGAAAUGAGAGUAUGUUUAGCUGAUAUACUGUCCCUUCUGUAAUAUCCAGCCCGUAUAUGAACCAUCAAG